AUACUAUCUGUCAUUCAUUGAUUUAGUUGUGUUGGUUUUUAAGUCUAUUUUUUAAUACUUUGUAAGAAUAAACAAUAUAUUUAUUUUAAAAGUCAAAAGUGAAAAUAACUAGUGCUACCUAUAGCACUAAUAUGAGUGAUGUACUGAAAAACUUUCAAGAGCGCUCACGCAAACGUAAACAAUUAUUAGCACAAACGCUCGGUUUGUCGGUAGAUGAACUAAAGAUUGCCUUGGGUACUGCGCCUGAAGUGAGUAAUGGUUCAAGUUACGGUAAUGCGUUUGGCACAAACUUCGCUAAAAAUGCCUGCCAUAAUAAUCAACGAACUCAGGAUGACGAAGAAAGUGCCAUUAAAAAAAUGCCAGGAGAGAUAAUUUAUAGAGACUCAUCAACGUUUCUGAAAGGCACGCAAUCUUCCAAUCCCCAUAACGAUUACUGCCAGCAUUUCGUUGACACUGGACAACGGCCACAGAAUUUCAUACGUGAUGUCGGUUUAGCUGAUCGUUUCGAAGAGUACCCGAAAUUACGUGAACUAAUACGACUCAAGGAUAAACUAAUACAAGACACCGCCUCGGCUCCCAUGUACUUAAAAGCCGAUUUAAAAGUAUUGGAUUUGAAAGCUCUGGGCACCAAAUUUGAUGUUAUACUUAUCGAACCACCGUUAGAAGAGUAUUCACGGGCAGCGCCUUCAGUAGCUACAGUAGGAGGCGCUCCGCGAGUUUUUUGGAAUUGGGACGAAAUACUAAAUCUGGAUGUAGGAGAGGUAGCAGCACACCGUUCUUUUGUCUUCCUAUGGUGUGGUUCUUCAGAGGGUCUGGACAUGGGACGCAACUGUCUGAAAAAGUGGGGUUUCAGGCGCUGUGAAGAUAUUUGUUGGAUACGCACGAAUAUUAACAAACCCGGUCACUCUAAACAAUUAGAACCAAAAGCCGUUUUCCAGCGUACCAAGGAGCACUGCCUGAUGGGUAUUAAAGGCACGGUUAGACGUUCAACUGAUGGUGAUUUUAUACACGCCAAUGUUGAUAUUGAUUUAAUAAUAUCGGAAGAAGACGAAUUUGGUUCCUUCGAAAAACCCAUCGAAAUUUUUCACAUUAUCGAACAUUUCUGUUUGGGGCGUCGUCGUAUGCAUCUGUUUGGACGCGAUUCAAGCAUAAGGCCUGGUUGGCUAACAGUCGGUCCGGAACUUACAAACUCCAAUUUUAACGCUGAACUUUAUCAAACCUAUUUUGCGGAGGCUCCUGCAACUGGAUGUACCAGUCGUAUAGAGUCCUUACGUCCCAAAAGUCCUCCUGCUAAUAGUAAAAUUUUACGUGGUCGUGGACGCGGCUUUCUACGAGGACGCGGUAGGCCGAGGUAGAAUUCUUUUUAUAAUGCUAAAAACAAGACCUGUUUUCUUCGUUUCUUUAUUAGUUUAUCCAUCAAACAGCGUUACUCACAUUUUCUUUCUUCUGUAAAAAAAAAAAAUUAAUUUCCCGACAAGAAAUCAAUCUUUUU